UCCGUUCCCCUGUGUCUUUUUUGUCAGAGAGUCAAAAUUGAGAGCUUUUUGCAAACACUUCUUAUCCUUUCAAUUGAACCAGAGUCGUCAUCAUCAUCAGCUUGAAGACGAAAGCGUUUCCAGUUCCGUCCAUCUUUUCACGAGCAUGACCUGUUCGUCGUCCCUUCUUCUUAUGUAAAAAUUCUUACGAUUUCUAUUUUUUUUUUAUUGGCCAAAUAAAUAUGAACAACGCAUGAUUCGGAUUCUAGGAAAGAUCGUCCAUGGCUACUUUCAAUGUUCUUUGUAGCAAUCGUUUUCUAUUCAAAGGAGGUAACUCUCCUGAUAUAUCUAUUAGAAAGGUGUCUUCGAGGAGUAGUCAGCUUAAUGUUUGUUUCGCUAGAGCGACGACGAACCAAUCGUCUAUUAGUUGCAGGAGACUUGGUGGGUUUCUUGAAAUUGGUGAAUCAAGAUUAGGAGUUAGGUUUCAUGGCGGAGAUUCUCGAAAUGGGUUUACUUGUAGUAGUGAGAUUAAGCGACUUAUGAGCGGUAGUGAUUACGGAGAUAAGGAAGAUGGUAGAAGCAAAAGGAAGAGAAGAAGAUUUUCUCUUAGGCUUCGACCUAGGUUACGAUUAGUGAGCAUGAGACUUGGGAUGUUCGAUUUCAGAGCAUCAAUGGAGGAUUUUAGAUUCUUUUUGAAAAAGAAUUUCAAAAGAGUGAUCUUAUCUACUGGUGUGGCUGUGAUAUUUGGACUGUGUUAUCUGUUCUUGAGGUUAACCGCUGUUCCGUCUCCAUCUACUGUUCCUUACUCUGAUUUCGUUACGAAUCUUCGAGGUGGUUCUGUUUCAAAGGUUUUGCUUGAAGAAGGAUCUCGUCGAAUCUAUUACAACACUAAUGAGAAUGUUGAGGCUGUUAAAGAAGAUGUUCACAAGUCUGAAACUUUAGAUGAAUCUGCAAUCCAAACUGAUGAUGGCGGUACAGGGGAAACUGUGACGGAAGCUGUUACGAAAGACGUUACUCCUCGAAAGGUUCGAGCUUUGCCUCCUGUGUGGAAGUAUGUGACAAGAAAAGUCGAUCAUGAUGAGAAGUUUCUUCUUAGUUUAAUGAGGGAUAAAGGGAUUACUUAUAGUUCAGCUCCUCAAUCUGCAUUGAUGUCAAUGAGAACUACUUUGAUAACUAUCAUAUCUCUGUGGAUUCCUUUAACACCUCUUAUGUGGCUUCUUUAUCGGCAACUCUCAGCAUCUAACAGCCCUGCGAAGAAACGACGGUCUAAAAAUCCCACGGUUGGUUUCGAUGAUGUUGAGGGUGUUGAUUCUGCUAAAGACGAGCUCGUGGAGAUAGUGUCAUGUCUUCAAGGAAGUAUAAACUACAAAAAACUAGGAGCAAGAUUACCAAGAGGUGUGCUUUUGGUUGGUCCACCAGGGACUGGUAAGACCCUGUUGGCUCGGGCUGUUGCUGGAGAGGCAGGAGUUCCAUUUUUCUCUGUUUCCGCUAGUGAGUUCGUUGAGUUGUUUGUUGGAAGAGGUGCAGCACGGAUCAGAGAUCUUUUUAAUGCAGCCAGGAAAAAUUCACCUUCCAUAGUAUUUAUCGAUGAGCUUGAUGCUGUUGGAGGAAAACGUGGUAGGAGUUUCAACGAUGAACGUGACCAGACACUAAACCAGUUGCUUACUGAGAUGGAUGGAUUCGAGUCAGACACAAGAGUCAUUGUAAUUGCAGCAACUAACCGACCAGAAGCGUUGACGUCCCUCUAGAAGAAGAUGCGUUUCUCAUAUGUGAUUUAGUUGCUUCUCUAACUCCCGGAUUCGUAGGUGCUGAUCUGGCUAAUAUUGUCAAUGAAGCUGCAUUGCUUGCUGCUCGUAGAGGCGGGGAAGCGGUGGCACGGGAAGAUAUAAUGGAAGCGAUAGAGAGGGCGAAAUAUGGGAUAAAUGAUAAGGAAGUGAGGUCAAGGACAUUAGGAAAUGAGCUGAGCAAGCUGUUCCCAUGGAUGCCAUCUUUGGCUAGAAGGAACGGACCAGAUCAAGACGGUUUACAAGGACCGUUAGGUUAUCAAAGUCUCAGCUAAACCAAACUAAGGUUAUUUUGUAUCUGAAAUUUUUGGAAAUGUACGUUUCUUUCAUGUGUUCUGAUAUCUGUUUACAAUGUACAUGUCUAUUGCUUUAAUUCCUUUUCCGGAAAUAGUUUACAAACAGACCAAUUUGACAAUAAA